GGACAUGGAAAUUAGUCAGGCUAACUAAACACAUAUCCGACAAUUCUUCUCUUCCAGUCUUGCUCCUAAGAGUAGUUGAGAUAAAACAAUGGAGGUGGAGCAGGAAAUGGAAUGGAAGUUGGCACAGAAGGUUGUGAUAAGUGUAGACCUUGUCGCGGCAGCAAAACAACAACUUGAUUUUCUUGCCGCCGUUGACCGGAACCGCUGGCUGUAUGAAGGUCCUGCUCUUCUUAAGGCAAUCUGUAGGUACUAUAAAUGUUGGCUUCCAUUGGUGGCAAAACAUUCUACCUCACCCUUCUUUGAAGGGCCUCUGGUUGUCCCUCUUGACUGUGAAUGGGUCUGGCACUGUCACAGGCUCAACCCUGUUCAGUACGACUAUGACUGCAAGCAACUAUAUGGAAAAAUCAUUGACAACCAUAAUGUUGCAUCGUCAACUACAGGAACAUGUAAAGGGAAAACAGAACAAGUAUGGAAGCAAUUAAACCAAAGCGAGCCAUAUGAGUUGGACUUGGCAGGUGCUCUUUCUGAUGGUGACCAUUCAAGAAUGUCUGAUAAGCUCAUAAACUGCAGCAGCAACUACGACUUGGUUUCAGCAGUUAAAAGGCAACGUUCAUUUUUCUACCAGGUAUCACGACCUCACAUGAGCAGUGACCUGUAUCUCGAAGGGGCAGUGGCCAGAUACAAGGGAUUCCUGCAUUUAAUCAAAAGAAACAAAGAAAGAUCCAUUAGAUGCUUCUGUGUUCCAACUUACGACAUUGACCUGAUAUGGCACACUCAUCAAUUACACCCCGUUUCUUACUGCAAAGACCUUGUGGAACUCAUUGGCAUGGUUUUAGAGCACGAUGAUACUGAUUCGGACAGGACAAAGGGGAAUAAACUGGACACUGGCUUCUCUAACACCAUCAAGCAUUGGGAAGAAACGUACGGGCGUAGAUAUUGGAGAGCAGGCGCAAUGUACCGAGGUGAUGCACCAUUACCUCUUCCUGUUUCUCGUAAUGAGUCUCCUCUCAGCACUACUGUCACCAAGCAAGUAGUUUUGCCCCACAAGAAGUAUCAGACACAAUUGCAUCUUCCUGAAAAGAAGGUUCUUGAGGUAAUGUUGGAGUUUUUGGGUUUGAAAAAUUUGCCAGAGCAGCAUACAGGGAACCUCUUUGUCUCAUUCAGUAAACAACAGCCUGAUGGAAUCUUCAGUCCAAAGAGAAGACUUGGGAUUCGGUCUGAGAGUGGCAAAAAGCAGGUUGCUUUAUUUCAAUGUGAAGCUAGUGGGAAUUUGUUCUUUGAACUUAUGAGCCAAGCCAAAACUAUGGGUUCUGCUUUUGUUUCUCUGGAAGAGUUGCUAUCCCCAACAGCUAAUCUCUCUAUGGAGAAAUGGCUCGAACUGAUUCCACAUUCUAAGCUAGAAAUGUCCAAGCCUGUCUUUUUGAGGGUUGCAAUCUCAGUUACAACACCGACUUCUGCACCAUAUGUUCUUCACAUGGUUCGUUCUUCGAAUGGUUCUUCCCUUUUCCCUCUCCAUGUGAAGGAUAAAGAUUGGACACAAAUCAUAGAUGAAGACGGUGAUGAGAUCAUGAGCCUGCAAAUGAGGGAUUUCAAUGAAUGCAAUGGAACGCCAGAUUAUUUUUUAAGGCAAGAAGUCAUUGCUGUAACAAAAUCUGGCGAAACACAAACUCUUGCUCAACUCAGGGGGACAGAAUGGUCACUGAUAGAUGCUGAGUUGUCCAUUUGUUUUCAACAAAACAGAGAUGGUGAUGAUGAUGGUCACCUUUUGAAGUUGACUGGUCCGCAAACUGUUAAGUAUUUCCCUGGUCGGAAGCUGGACUACCAACCUAGGUAUCAUGAGAAGCAAAGAAGUGAAAAUGAAUUUCUCACUGCAGUAGAGUAUUCAGCAGAAAAUCCAUAUGGCAAGGCAGUGGGAAUGUUUGACUUGAAAUUUGGUGUUAUCCAUGUGAAAGAGGAGUGGUCAGUUUUACCAGGAGCAAUAAUCGCUUUUAUACUUUGUGACAUUUUGGGGAAGAAAGGUUAUGGUAGCUUUUCAAACCAAGAUGUUUUGUAUGAUGCCAACAGCAAUAAAAUAGUGUGUGUGGACGGUGGUGUGAAAAUUGGUGGUUGUGGCGGUGGAGGCUGUGGCAGUGGCGGAGGAUGUGGUGGUGGUGGAGGUUGUGGUAGUGGUGGAGGCUGUGGCGGUGGUGGAGGCUGUGGUGGUGGUGGAAGCUGUGGUGGUGGAGGUGGUUGUGGUGAUUGUGACAUCAAAAGCAGUGGCUGUGGCGGCGGUUGCGGUGGUGGUGGUAGAUGUUGUGGUGGUGGUGGCCACUGUGGCGGCGGCGGUGGUUCUGGUGAAAAUGUCAAUGGAUUGGAGUUGAAACAUGAAACUUAUGGUAGAUAUAGUUGCGGUACCGGUGGCACUUGUGGCCGUUGCGGGGUUGAUGGUUAAGGGGGGAACUGCCUAAACAACCAAAAUAUUGCAGUGGUGCUUGUAAGCAAACCAAUAAAAGCCUAUGAUAUGCUACAUACAUGGCUAUAUAUCAUUUAUGUAUGAAAAUAAUAAAGCUUCUAAAUCUAUGUAUGCCUAGUAACUAUACAUCACAAGAAUAAACCUAAAUGUAAAGAUGUAAAGUGUUCAAAUAUGUGAGUUUCCUUUAUCUUCAUUGUUUCUUUGUCUGCUCUUUGAUGUCACAAAGCCAUUUCAAAUUUUCAAUCACAA